GGCACAGUUGGUAGAAUGAAUGAUGUCAAGAAAGCGAUUUGACCACCAUAAAAGCUUUAGGGGUUGUAUGUUUGACCAGAGUGUGAGAAAUAUUUCUCUCGUGUUGCUGCAUUGCCACCAUGUCAAUUCGGCAACAUCAAGUGCGCACCGAGCAGUGCUCUUAGUACUCGUGGCACUGUCCAUAACACUGUUCUAAGUGAUUCCAACAAGAGAUUAAGCAGAUUUCCAUGAGCUCCGGUGACUCCCAUGUUUAUCAUGCUUCAGAUUGUUUUGCAUUAUGUUGCAUGAAUCACUCCUAAGAUUAGCAGACAAAGGGCAAACACUGACCUAACAUCCCCCACUCUUGCUUGAUGCAUGUGCUGUGAUUGUUCUCUAGCAACACUCUCUCUUCUUCCUACAGUAUAAAGAAGGAUGAUGAGAUAUAUAUAGGACAGUAUACAUGCCCCAAAUCACUAGGCGAGGUUUCCUUUCUGCAUCUCCUUUGGCCUCCCUUUCGAUGCUUCCUUCUUCUCUUUCUCACAUAUGGGCACAGCACCUCGUGGCUCCAUUCCCUGUAAUGGCAAUCAUGAUGAUGAUGACUGCAACCAUCUUCCGCCCAAAUCCCUCUCCCUUCACUACCAUAGCCAUCCCUGUCUUCACCACCAGUGCGUCACCACCAUUAGAGCUCACGCUUGCUACGUCGCUGCCCUCGCUGUUCAUGGGACGUCCGUCUACAGCGGCGGCUCCGACCAAGAGAUCAGAGUAUGGCCAUCUGUUCUUUUAGACUCCUUGUCCACAGCGAGGACUGAUCAUCCUGCGAGCUUCACUGUGGCUCAAACAGAGAGCCCGGUGAAAUCGCUUCUUGUGUCAGGUGACAACCUGUUCAGCUCUCACCAAGACGGCGAGAUCCGCGUGUGGCAGAUAAACCAGAGGGAGCAGCGCAGCUACAAGCUGAAAGCAGUUUUGCCGACCUCCAUGGACCGGUUUUUGAGCUUCCUGUCGCCCAAGAACUAUGUGCAGGUCCGCAGACACAAGAAGUGCUCCUGGGUGCACCACGUUGACGCCGUCUCCGGCCUCGCGCUCUCGCACGACGGCGCGCUCCUCUACUCCAUCUCCUGGGACCGCACUCUAAAGGUGUGGCGCACCUCCGGGUUCAGGUGCAUAGAGUCCGUCGCGGGCGCCCACCAGGACGCCAUCAACGCGAUCGCGGUGUCGCGGAACGGCCACGUCUACACGGGCUCGGCCGACGCCAAGAUCAACGUGUGGAGGAGGAGUGGCGAGGAGGGGAAGCACUCGCUGGUGCAGACGCUGGAGCGGCACCGGUCGGCGGUGAACGCGCUGGCGCUGAGCGCCGACGACCGAGUGCUGUACUCGGGAGCGUCCGACCGCUCCGUGGUGGUGUGGGAAGGGGGCAGCGGGGGGAUGGCGGCCACCGGGGAGCUCAGGGGACACAGGAGGGCCAUCCUGUGCCUUGUGGCGGCCGGGGAAGUGGUCUGCAGCGGCUCGGCGGAUACGACGGUGAGGGUGUGGAGGAGAGGACGAGAGCAGAAGGGGCGCCACUGCUGCUUGGCCGUAAUGGAAGGCCACGGAGGGCCGGUCAAGAGCUUGGCGAUGGUAGUGCUGGAAAGCAGCAGCAGCAGCAGUAGCAGUACAUGCCUGGUUCUCAGUGGAGGUUUGGACUGUGAUCUAAAGCUGUGGAGACUCUCAGUUCCUUCUCUCUCUUAGGACGACACCUCCCUGGCUUUGGAAGUACAGCUUCUCUUAGAUCGAAGAUGAUACUCCAUCGUCCUCCCCACGGGAUGCUUGACCACGUUCAUGGCCAUGCCUGGCCACAGUCAAAAAAGGGUUUACGGCCACUACCAUUGGCUUGGCCACAGUUCAAAGUAAUACUAAUUGAACGAACUGAACCUUUAAGGCCACAUGUUAUCCAGAAACCACGUAACAUAGAUGAUAGGAGAUGAUAAAAUGGCCGAGGUCUAUCACUAUGGUACCUUUUUGAGGAGCAUAUCAACAAGGAUUAGUUGUACUGUCACUUCAUCAUCACUGUGUCACACCCUUCAUGGUUUAUUUUAUGUGAUGCAUAUGUAUUGCAAAA